CCGCCUAAACCGUUUCGAAACCUCGAAUUUCUCUCUCCCUUCUUUCCAUCCAUAUCUUUCAUCAUGGCUGAAUUCACCACUGGAGAAGAGGCAGCUGCCAAAAAGGCUUCUAGGUCGCUCAAGAAGUACACCUACAGAGGUGUCGAGUUGUCUCAAUUGUUGGACAUGAGCAAUGAGCAGUUCAUCGAGCUCGUUCACGCCCGUGCUCGAAGGAGGUUCCAACGAGGACUCAAAUCUAAGCCUAUGCGAUUGAUCAAAAAGCUCCGUAAAGCCAAGAAGGAGGCCGCUGCCAACGAAAAGCCAGCCAUGGUCAAGACACAUUUGCGUGACAUGAUCAUUGUUCCUGAGAUGAUUGGAAGUGUCGUCGGUGUCUACAACGGAAAGUCUUUCACCACGGUCGAGGUCAAGCCUGAAAUGACUGGACACUACCUCGGAGAGUUCUCUAUCACCUACAAACCCGUCGGUCACGGACGUGGUGCCAACAUGAAGGACUCUCGAUUCGUUCCCCUGAAGUAAACGAUUUAGAGGGCGGAAUGAGGAUAUGGAGGCUUUUCUUUGUACCAUGAGAUGAGAUGCUAUGCACUCGUUGACAGACCAA